GUCCGGGGGAGAGAGAGAGAGAGAGAGAGAGAGAGAGAGAGAGAGAAAACAACGUGGAGGAUGAAGAAGAGACUCUGAGAGGUGAUGGUGGAGAAAACGAAAAGAAGAAGAAAAAAGACUCAACAAAGCCAGGAUCGGGUCCGACAGCUUUACACCGUCUUUCACCACCCCCCCGCAACAAAACGUCAGAGAAAGGCGCAGCGAGGUCCCGUCAACUCUCUCUCUGUGGAGCGGAGGCAGCGCAGCCAGCAGUCCCGCGUUGCGGAGCGGGAGAAAGGACUCGCGCAACAUCUGGAAUCCACCCGAAGAAGUUUGUCUCCGAGGUUCCGCACGAGAGGUGUGUCUGAUGUGACGCCAGCGGGCUGGCUCAGGGGACAGAACUUCAGUACAAUGUAGACACCAAAAGCCAGACAGAGCAAGAGUCAGAACGCCGAGCCGACGGACGGAGGGAGAGUUCUGGGAGGAGGAACAGCAGCUGUGCCGAGGUGACGGCGGCAGAAGAUAACAGGGGAGAAAAAAAAGGGGAGAGAAAAGAGGGAAGCAGCGGACUGUGAAUCAUUGACGGGAUCCCUUUGUGUACCGCAGUGUCACCUUGUCCCUCCCGUGAGGCGCACACUCGCUCCCACGUCUCAGGCCGGAGGGAGAACGCGAAAAGCCUCCGCUCUCGGUGCUUCGAGGGGCGCCCCCACUGAGCGCUUCACCUCUCGCCCAAUCUGAACAGGGGGACACUCCGGCCACCGUCAGCAUGUGCCAUGUCAUUGUCACCUGCCGCUCCAUGCUGUGGACCCUGCUGAGUAUCGUGGCCGCGUUCGGCGAGCUCAUCGCCUUCAUGAGCACUGACUGGCUGGUGGGAUUCCCCCGCACCCCGGAUGCCGUGUUCGGCCACCACGGCGCCACCGCGGCCGGAGAGGCCUACAGGCCCACUUUGGGCAUCUACGGCCGCUGUAUAAAGCUGCCCCACCUGCACCGCGGAGUCCUGUGUGGGCCGUACGCGAUACACUUUGGGGAGAUUGCCAGCGGGUUCUGGCAGGCGACUUCCAUCUUCCUGGCGGCGGGGAUCCUGCUGCUGUGCGCCGUGGCGUUCAUCUCGGUCUUCACCAUGUGCUUCCAGAGCAUCAUGAAGAAGAGCAUCUUCAAUGUGUGCGGACUGCUGCAGGGAAUCGCAGGUCUGUUCCUGAUCCUCGGUCUGAUGUUGUAUCCUGCUGGCUGGGGUUCGGACAAGGUGCAGCUGUACUGCGGUCCCGACGCGGCUCCGUACCGGGCCGGGCUCUGCUCCAUGGGCUGGGCCUUCUACACCGCCAUGGGCGGCACCGUGCUCACCUUCGUCUGCGCCGUCUUCUCCGCGCAGGCCGAGAUCGCCACGUCCAGCGACAAGGUCCAGGAGGAGAUCGAGGAGGGCAAGAGCCUGAUCUGCCUCCUCUGAGGCCUCGGAUACUGCAUUCCUGUGGGAAGAAGAAGAAGAGAGACAGGCCAAUAACCAUCAACACUUGCUCUUCAGCCUAUUUCUCAUGAGGCCGGCUUGUCACGUGGCGGCCCCUGAAUCGUUUACCACUAAAACUGACUCUCGAUUUGUCUUUGUCUUGUGUUCAUCUGGGAGAAAUCUUCAAGUGCCAAGUGUGUUUGUUUUCCUCAGCGUGUGUCUUUGUCUUUCUACCACUAGAGGUGCUGCGUGUGUUAUUGUAUUCAUGUGUAGCCAUGUGGACGCCCAGACGGGCUUUGUCCGUCACCACAUGCCCUGUAAAUAAGUGUGAUUAUAUAUAUAAUUGUACAUAGUUACUGAUCACAGAAUGAUGGUCAGCUUCAUCCAAGCUGAUGAAGUCACUCUUGCCUUAAAGAAAACACACACACACACACACACACACGCACACACACGCACACACACAAACACGCACGCACGCACACACACGCACACACACACACUGGUGUUGUCGUUGCCAGACCGCGACCAGUGAACCUGGAUCUGUUAACUGUUUGCCACGUUUGAGUAUUAACUCAAGGGAACCACUACACAGUCAGAAUAAACUACUCGCAGAAUAAAUGGCCUUUAGCUCGGAGUCCUUUAAAGCUUACCGAAUGUACUGUUAUUGGAAGGAUUUGGCUGUUCGCAGACCGCCGAAAUGUACCGUCGGAGCACAGACUGCACGAGGACGAGCAGACGGCGCUCUGUUUGUCAUGUACUUUGCGAGAAAGAGGGAUGAAAUGAAGUGAGCGUAAAUCCUAGCCUAAGCUGAAAGGUGACCUGUGAAGGGUCUCUGCCUGGUCCUCCCCCUGCAGACAUCCGGCGAUCUGUGCACAAAAGACGUUGGACUGGAAUGCGAGGACGCGCAAAACGAAGUAUUGCUGUUACUGGUGAUGUCUGGUUUCAGGGAAGUCUGCGGAGUCAUAGAUAGCGUCCUAUCUGCUCUCAUUUGUUUUUGCCCAACGAAUAAAGAGAAGAGGGGGUGGAGGGAAAAAUAAACUCAAGUUUGGUUUCA